AUCAUCGAACGACUUCAAUCUCUUCGAGUCACUUAAAGAGUAUCAGUCCUUGCACCUCAUUUCCAAGAUGAAGUUCGGAUCUAGCAUUGCCCUUGUGGCACUUACGCUUUUUAAUGCCGUUCGCGGUGAUGCUGUCCCCUGGGAGCGUAUUGACAAGAACGAUGCUCUGCUCCUCAUCCUCGACUUGCAAGUCGGUCUCUUCCAGACGGCUCGUGACUGGGACCCCAGUCUCUACAAGCAAAACAUCAUGGCCCACGCCACCCUCGGCAAGAUCUUCGACCUCCCUGUCAUCAUGACCACCUCCGCCGACGUUGGUCCCAACGGACCCUUGCCCAAGGAGAUGCUUGAGAUGUACCCCAACGCCCCUCUCAUCCGCCGCCAAGGCGAGGUCAGUGCCUGGGACAAUGCCGAAUUCCGAGACGCAGUCAAAGCCACAGGCAAAAAGCAAAUCAUCGUCGCAGGCAUAACAACAGACGUCUGCACCGCCUUCCUCGCCCUCGCCCUCCGCGCAGAAGGCUACUCCGUCUUCGCAAACGUCGAGGGCUCAGGCACCUACACUGAGCUCGUCCGUGACACGGCAAACGCCCGCAUGCAGCAGGCGGGCGUGCAGCUUGUGUCUCUCUUCUCCAUCGUUUGCGACUUGAUGAGGGAUUGGCGCAACACUCCUGGUGCCAAGGAGGUGCUGCCGUAUCUUGAUACUUAUCUCCCAGUUUAUGGCAUGUUGGCUAGACAUCAUGCUGCGGCGGUUGAGAAUGGGACGAUUAUUCCAGGGGAGAUUGGGUUGGUUACUUCGGCUAACGGUACACUGGAGAUCUGA